GUUUUGUAGAGUGGUACUUUCGAACGCGAACUGCAUGUCGCGUUCCCACCUGCAUGCCCUGCCCGGCCCCGCGCGCAGUGAGGGUUCCCUCCGUUUUGUCGCCCAGAUUGCUCUGAAAUUUCAGCUUGACAGUAACUAGUCUGUAGCCGGUAGAACUGCCUCGUGGAGAUGGCUGAUAUAGCAUCGACAAGGUUGUGAAUGUGAACCUCAGCUCUACAGCUGUAACACUCUGUUAGUGCGUGGAUUAUUGGUGUUACUAAUGUGCUUGGACUUGGAGCAAGGACACCCCUAAAUCUGGGGGUCAGGAAGGAAUGUUUCUAACCAGCUAGCGUAAAUCGGACCCUAACUGUGAGAUUCCGCUUGAUUAAGUAAUGGCAUUCACACCAUCAGUCAUAUCUAAGCAGCAGAAGUACACCAUCACUCCGGCAAAGAACAACAAUGACUUCAACGAUUCUUCUACAUGCAGAAGUUCAAGAGUGUCUCACAGAUCUAAAUAUUAUGUCAACGGAGGGAUCCUUGACACUAGAGAGAAUCGAAAUGUGGAAUUCAAGGCGGCGCAAGGGAAGUACAUUUAUGACAUCCUUCCCUCAACUGUUGAGAGGUACGGCUGCGCAUUUGCCAACGGAGAAGGAGGGAUGCUUUAUCUUGGAAUAAAAGACGAUGGGGUUAUCACAGGUGUGCGCGUCUCAUCAAAAGACGAGGAACACAUACUGCGCACCAUCCAACGCACAUUUGACAAGUUUCUGCCGAGACCACCUUCACACAGUGUGCGACUUAUACCUCUGUGUUCACUGAACAUGGCGAGGGUGUUUCCCAACUACAAGGUGGUAGAGAUCUCUGUGAGAGGCGGCACUCUGUCAGAUAUCUUUGAGACUGGUGACCACAAGGUCUUCAUAAAACGGGAUGGCAGCAUUGAGCUCCAGAAUGCCCUUCAGAUAAAGGACCUUGCAAUAACGAAGUAUAAACAGAUGUUGGAGCAACGCGGAACGGCAACAAAGACAGUGAGCAGCUGAUCUAUGGGGUAAAUGUCAUCGUGGAAAAAGCUUCUGGUGGUCAUCGAUUAAGCUAGGGAUUUGGGUCUGAAAAAUUUGCUAAUAUCUGAAGAAUUGGUGCUAAGUUCUGUUCAAGAGUUUGUGACGAGGGUCAUAAAUAGCCGAGUGUAUUUCCUCAACAGUAUUCCGUCCUCAUUCUGUUUGUACUCAAGUUUAGAUACAUUUAUGAAAAUGUUGAUAAAAACAUCAAGCAGUACUAAACUUUGCCACAUGAGGACACAAAGAAUGUUAUGCUAUUAUGAAAUCCUUGCACAAACUCAAGAAAAGUGCCACUAAACAUAGCAACUCUGGCAAAUGAAGACUUAAUUUUCACUGGUUCAUGUGUGCUUUCCCUGUGGGAAUCAUUGCGUACGUACCAGGGAAGAAGGAAACCAUACUUUCAAGCUUUGCAACUCAAUACAGUGCAACUUAGACCGUCACGACUAGUCUCAAGACUGGUCACAAAUACAUGCGACUGGGUGAACAGUGACCAAAGCCUUUGUUACACUUCAUUUGAAGAACUUGUGACUUGUAUUCAGACCAGAGGUCUUUUGAUGGCACUGCAUUGUUUAUGGGGGCUUGACUACAACGCUGCCACACCUGUCACGUGCAAUAAGAGUGGGUGUCAAGUCCAUUUACAUGUAUUUCGGGAAGAAUUGACGUUGUUUUUCACUUGUACCAACAUUUGGCAUUUUUGUGUGGAGUUCAUUACAUUCAGGGCAUUUCGUGCUUGACUUGGCUGAAGUAUUUGAUCAGUGAUGCGUGACUUUAAAAAUUCUAUCAGCCAAAUAAAAAUUGUGAAAAAGAAAUUUCUCUUGUUAAAAAUAUUAGGUGUUUGAUGGUAAAAAGUGUUGGGAAAAAUUAAGAAAUUUGUUAAGCCUAAAUGUGUGAUGUUCAUGGUACAAUGACUUUUUGGUGUUAUUCAGAAACUUGUUCAGAAAGAUUCAAUGAAGGAUUAUGGUAUAAGUUUGAAAGAUAUUUUUUUCCGAGUUGGUCUGCUAGAAACACAGAAGGGAAUAUGCCAUACUUGGAAAGCUAGCUUUUUGGAUGACAUUUCAGCUUUGUAUUCAAUUAUUCAUCAGACUGUAUUUGUUAAGGAAAACAGUACAAAAAGGGGCAGGAGAGAUGAGAUGUUGAAAUCUUGAUUUGCGUGAACAAAAACUGAUUAUGCAUAACUUUCAAACGUUAUCCAAAGAACUUGAAAUCAAUUAUGAAUCAGUCUUAUUACACCGUGUAUGAAAAUGACUACAUGCACAUGUACUGAUUACAACAUUUUGACCAACUCAGAGUGAAUUAAGGUGCUUCAAAUAUGUAUAUCAACAUCUUUAUUGCAGUAUUUUUGGUCCUUGGCUUGGGAGAGGAUAUGUCAAAAUAUUUUAUCCUCCCAUUAUGUUUACAACUGCAUGUAAAUUACACAAUACUUUUGUACUCUUUAUAUUUACGUAUUUGUUUACAUUUUUUGCACGUUACAAUAAAGUUUGAAAAAAUCUCA